ACCUCGCCCUUCUGUUGCGGUAUUUUCGGGUUUUUUUUCUGCGGUAUUGCGGUAUUUUCGAAAAUGUUGUGCAGUAUUGCGGUAAUUCCAAUAUCCCCCUAAAAAAUAAGAACGGCCAAGCCUCGACUGAAAAUUGGACGUUCUUAUAUAUUAAAAAAGAGUACAUGUGCGAUUUACGAUAAGGAAUAUGUGUUACGUAUGUUCCUCGUAUCUCCCCGCAUGACCAGAUCGAGCUCUUGCAGUAAAACGGAUCACACUUUAGAUACCUUUGAUCGGCAUGAUUUCGAACAUGAUGAUCUCCCUAUAGUUGAUUGUUGAUUGUAUCUCUCACAACAAGACACCGAAGCCAAAAAACACCAAAGAUGUCAUCACCUACGGAAAGGUUCCUGUUUACUCUUCUGUUUCGAGGGCUCUCAUAACAUACUCUAGGCACAUCCCUUUACAAAGAGGUCAUAAGUUGCCAUGUUUUGUACCACUACGGUACCCGUGACCAAGUUGUGAUUGCACAAGUCUCUACAGGGAGUCUCUUGUAAUCGCUAGAAGUGGAAAGAGUACAAGCACAGCAGAUAUGUCGAGGAAGGCUCCUAUGGCGAUAUUUCUUCUCAUUCUCACAGUUCUUGUAAUAACACAGAGCAUAGAGAGGUUUGCUUCUAAUGCAGAUAGUUCCUCGGCAGAAUGGUUGAAGAAGGAAUCCUCCGUCAAUGUUCCUGAACAUGUUUGCAGACUGAAUUCGUGGAUAUCAAGGGAGAGAUUUUGUAAUUCUCUCGGAGGUAAAAGUGCGAGGACGUCGUGCAUUUGUCGUUGUGUAUUUGGUGUCAUUGAAAUAAAAAGAAAAAUUCGCUGCAAGAUGCUUUCUGUCGAUACGAUACAGAUAAAGACAUGGCAGAGACUGAGAAGAUUUGCCAGUAACGAUGAUGAUGAUGGUGACGAGGAUGGGAGUUGUAUUGAUCAUCACAAAUGUCAAAAGUUUGUAAACAAACAUGGCUGCAACGGAUCAGUUAGGGAUAAAUGCCCUCGAAAGUGUGGCCUUUGUGGAUCUACCCCCACUCCCACGGAAAAACCUUCGUCGCCUUCUUUGCCUACAACUAAAGCGAAAACUACACGCUUUUCCACGGUAAAAACUAGUACAAAAACUUCAACACGAGCUGGUUUAACCAAGGCAGCCACCACCUCACCCAACUCAUCGUCAUCAUUGUCCACCGGGAAGGCAAGAACAACUGAAGCAACAACUACAGGGACAACUGCAGCGACAGCUACGACUGGAACCACUGAAGCCCUUUCAAGUCAGUCUGUUAUAUCUAAUGCUUCAACAACUUCUACAACCUCAGCGACAACAAAAGCAGCGACGGGGGCGACGACACCAACUGACACCACUCAAGCAACACCAAGCUCGUCUGUCACAUCCGAUGCUUCAAUAAAUACAGCAACCACAGCGACAACAAUUGCAGCGACGGGAGCGACGAAACCAACUGACACCACUCAAGCAACACCAAGAUCGUCUGUCACAUCCGAUGCUUCAAUAAAUACAGCAACCACAGCGACAAUAGAGACUGAAGCGAUAGCUUCGACAUCUGCGUUAUCAGCAUUUACAGAGACGCCAUCACCGGAGCAAAGACCGACAACAAGUAAAGAAGAGCCACGAAUCUCCUCAAGCACGGAAAGAAUCGUUCAAACCGAACCUUUGGUAGAGGGCGAUGUGGAUGCUCAGCAUAAAGCCGUGCCCAGAAGCACCUGGCUCCCUGUGGCAGGCGCGGUGGCUGGAGGCAUUUUGUUUAUCAUGGUCAUAGUUUUUCUUGCCUACAUCAUAAAGAGAUAUACCUCAGCAAGGGGCAAUUCAAGAAAUUCUAAAGGCUUGAAAACAGACUUGGAACUUUAUGAAGUGCCACAAGAACCGGCCAACAGUAGAGUCACGUGCAAAUAUGAGUGUCCAGUCGUCAAGGAUACGAGCAACAUCUACGAACCGCUAGCCAAAGCCAGCCAAGCGACCAAACAACGCGUGCUCUCCACCAAAUCAACACAACAAUGUGUCGUUACCAAUGACAACAAUUACGCAUGCCUUAAGGCAAACACCGCUGAUCCAAAAGUAGCAAAGUCAAAAGAGCUUGUACAAAGUGCGUAUGCGAGCUUGGCGGGAAAUGUCGCUACAACUGCAAAACCAGUAAAUAAUAUUUAUGCAAAAUUAGAAUCGGCAGUUCAGCCAGACGAAAUCAGUCUCGGUAGGCCUGGAGUAGAUGGUAACUUAUACGCAUGUCUAGAGGAACCUUCCGCUGGAAGCGAAGACAGUGAGCCCACGGAUCUUGAUAACAACGUCUACGCAUGCUUAGAAUCAGAAACCACAGAUGACAAUAGCAAGGGGCUCAUGGAUUCUAUCAACGACACCCCUCCUGGGUACUUCAGCCUUGAAGAGCCUGGUUUGGAAAACAAAGCUUUUGAACCUGACUACAGUUACUCUUAUGCCGAGGCAGCCUUGUACUGCAAAAGGCAACCAAGAGCAACGGAUAAGUUUGCAGGUGACACCUCUGAAAACAGAGCAGACGAAGAGAAGGGAUUUCCCAGGAAGCACCACAAACAAGAUAAACUGGACGGGCUCAAAAAUAGAGACUCAGCUAUCUACGAAAUCCCCGACGACCGCCCUUCCGAUAAGCAAGGAAGCCGUAUAAAAAACGAAAGCCCGAACUACCAUUCACUUGAGGGUCAAGGCCAGGAGCCGCCCGUGUACCAAGCCCUAGUCGGCCCAAACAGGGCAACACAAGGCUUGUACCAAGGACUAUCGACAAUGUGAUAAACUGUAGCAAAUAAUCCCGGGAGGAACAAGGGACUUUAUAACAGCGCAUGAGCAGUGGUGGGUUCAAGGUGGUGGAAGGGGGGGGGGGGGGGUGGGGGGCUCUGUUGGUUCUGGUUCAAUAGAACCACCUGUUUUUAAGCAAAACUAUGAAACUUGAGGCCUUUGAAGACUUUGGCAUAGCUUUAUAAACUAAGCAACUCUUCGAAAAGCAUAUAUUUAUUUAAUUGUCUUUUUAAUUGAUUUAUAGACGUGAAAUGAAAUUGAUUUAUAGACGUGAAAUGAAAUUGAUUUAUAGACGCUAAUUUCUUAUCUUACAUUGUCAAGGUAAUGGAACAUUAGGCAGAACAGGUCCUCUCUACACCACCACCAAUGGCGCCAUUUGUUUUUCAAAACUACGACCCGAAAAUACUGGGCCCCCCUCCAUUAGAAUAGUAUCUCGCACCCCAUACAGUCAUAUUACACACGAUGCCAAGAACUCUGAGAAAUUGUCCCCUCCCCCAAUGCGCUCCCCCCACUUCACAACGUCACACAACACACUCCACACAAUGCUGAGUGGUUCAAGGGGAAAUGGAGACGCUUCCGUUAAAAAAUAAAGCCACGCAGUGACGAUUUUACAUGAUAAAUGGUUUUCUCACGUGAAGGUCAAAAUACGUACUUUUGCGUGAGGUUUGUUCUAUCAUUAGUUGAUUUUAAUAUCUUGGCUUUUUUACACGAGUUUAAAAUCCGCUCCAAAAGAGAAAAAUCCUUUUAAUUAAGAUUGUAAGUACGUAAGCAUUUGUUAGUACCUCUAGCUUUGCGGAGAUCAUAAUCAAAAUGAAAAUAUAAUUAAAAAAACAAAGGGAUUGUAAAUUACUAUUUUAAUGACUAUGUGAUAUCAAUAGCCAUUCUCAUAGGUUUUCUCCUGUUUAAAAUAAAUACAGACACCAA